GGACAAUAUAGGAGAAGGUACCGCUAAUAAUAAUAGCGUAAAGGAUAGCGUAAGGGAUAACGUAAGGGAUAACGUAAGGGAUAACGUAAGGGAUAGUAAAGGGGCUAACGCGAGGGAUAGUGAAGGGGCUAACAUAAGGGAUAGCGUAAGGGAUAGGGAGGGCGCUAAUAGGAGGCCCGGAGAUAGUACUAGCGAUGAUGUCGAUAGCAAUCCGACUCGGCCGGAUAUAGACGGGAAUAUAGGGUUAACCGAGGGUGUUAGUACUAUCGAGACUAAUAUACGGACGGUAGUUAGAGGUAUAGAGGAAAGCGCUAGGACGAACGCUACGGCUAGUAUAGAGGCGAUCACUAGUGAUAAUAGGGAGAGGGGAAGUAAGGAGGACGCUAUACUAGGUACCGUAGACGUAGAAGUAGACGGUAACUCCGUAGUAUAUAUAGGGCCUCGUAUAGCUAUAGCAUUCCGUAGGAUGAGAGAUAUAUACCUUAAGGGGAUCGAGGCUAGUAUCCGUAGCCUUAAGGACGUCUACGGUCGUCGUAGUCCCGUUAUUCUAGUAGAGGAAAUUCGGUUUAGUUCAACCCUAAACACUACUAGAGCUACCGCUAGGUAG